CUUCAGCAGAAAUACUGAACCCAACACACCUAACAUUUAGAAAUAAAAUAUGAUAGAUAAUUAUGGUGUAUUAUGGUGUGUAUUAUGGUGAAGAUAAUUAUGGUGUAUAGAGAGGGCAAACGAUUAAUGACAAAUACCAAUCCGGUAUACAGUUUAAAAUGACUCCGACACAGUCACCUUGUGGUAGCGACAGGUGCAGUCCAGUGGACUGUCGGAAUAGUCUGACUCAUCACUAAAUUAGAACGGGUCGUGUGCCUGAAAACGAACUCACCAUUUUGAGGAUAGGUUGAGUCAAAUUCCAGUCGUUAAAGAUAACUAAAAGUUAGUCCAACACUUUCACCCUCGCACAGCGGGCCAGACAACUUGAAGAACGCAUAGCUGUGUUCGUUUCACCCUGGACGCUGUCGUCGAGCAGAGAAAAGAAAACCAGGAGAACUGCUCUGUCCUGAACGUUGCCCUCAGGACUAGACCGGUGGAGGCCACCUCACCAAUUAUCUGCCUCUGGAUUGGUUGACAGCGUUACACCUGUUCGGAAGUCCUACAGCGCCUUUGAUCAUAUCUGAGGUGACUACCGUAUUAGGCUUGUAGCCUACGGAUGCAAAAAUGUGCUCAAUUAAAAGUGGUAGAAUGACAUGCUACUGAGGUUAGUAUGCAGUUUAGCUUUUUGUUUUGUGUUAGUACUGAUCAUGUGCAGAGCAGACGUAGGCCUAUCCCUUUUACAAAAGUAGACAAAAUAAUCAACCAACGAUUGUGUCAUCUGACAAAGUGUUUUAUAGGCUGGUGUAGUUGUUGUUCUCAGAAAAGACUAGAGAGGGCAACACUAAGCUCUGAAAUGAACUUGUAGGCACACGUGACGCUUGUCUGUCACAGUCCAUGCUACAGUGGGCUUGGUAAACCGGCCACAACUCAACGGGCUUCGGAGGAGAGAGAGCACUUGAUCAUGAAAAGCAAUGUCUUUCUAUCGCAAUAUCGUCUGGUUUCUCAAAGGAAUUCACGAAUACACAAGGAGUGGCUAUGAGCAAGCAGCAAAACACUUUGUGGCCAAGGAGCUGGAUGUGGCUGUGGUAGGAAGGUCCUUCAUAAUAACAGGAGCUAACAGUGGCAUAGGGAAAGCCACUGCCACGGCUAUAGCUAAGAAAGGUGGUACAGUCCACAUGGUAUGCAGGAACAAGGAAAGAGCUGAGAAGGCCAAAGAAGAUAUUGUCAGGGAGACAGGAAACACGGAAGUAUACGUUCACCAUCUGGAUAUGUCCGAGACACACAAGGUGUGGGAGUUUGCGGAAGCCUUUAAGAUGCAAUACCCCUCCCUCAAUGUGUUGAUUAAUAAUGCUGGGUGUAUGGUGAACAAGAGAGAGGUGAACGAUGAUGGUCUGGAGAAGAACUUUGCCACCAACACACUGGGAGUGUAUCUUCUCACCCAGAGCCUCAUUCCACUACUUCAGAAGAGCAGGGAUCCGAGGGUGAUAACAGUAACAUCAGGGGGCAUGCUGGUCCAGAAACUCCAACCUGAUGACCUCCAGUCUGCAAAAGGUUCCUUUGACGGCACCAUGGUCUACGCACAGAAUAAGAGACAGCAGGUGGUGCUGACAGAACAAUGGGCCAAACACCACCCAGCCAUCCACUUCUCCGUCAUGCACCCUGGAUGGGCCAACACACCAGCGGUUUCUACAUCUAUGCCUCAGUUCCACCAGAUGAUGGGGGAAAGGCUACGUAGUGCAGAGCAGGGAGCUGACACUGUGGUGUGGCUGGCACUGACCCGCUCUGCUGGCAGAACACGCAGCGGAAAGUUCUUCCAAGAUCGGCAGGUGGUCCCGGCCCACCUGCCCCUGGCCUGGACCCACAGUUCCCCCGAGGAGGUCCGGUCCUUCAUGACCCAGCUGGAGAUCUUGGCCCAGGCUGCAAAGCAGCCUCGCACUGACGCACAACACAGUUUUGACCCAACUUAUUGAAAGGUCUUGUGACCCACCAGCACCAAAAUAGUACAUAUCCAGUCUCAAGCUGCAACCCCAAUGUAACCAAACAACCACUUUGAUAAACUCUUACCUAACCAAUUAUAAUUGAUUCAGCUCUUAGGAAUCCUAACUUACACUUGUCGUGCAUUGAUGUCAAUGGACAUCGACCCUUAGUGAAAAGUACUAUAGUUAAGGUUCAGUAUGUGACCACAGACCUAGAGGUAGGUAGCUCAUUCUGACACUACAGUUCAAAAGUUAUAAAUUAUAGUAUUCAUGGUUUCUCAUUUGACUCUAAGUAUCCCUAACCUGUCCUCAAUGUUUUUCGUUGGUAUUAAAGGACUUGAACCCAGA